CUUCACAGUGCCAGUACCAUGAAGAGGAACUCGGACAGCUCUGACCACAUGAUACAAGAAGCUGCUGGUGAAAGAGAGAGCAACGGGAAGAGAAUUUGCUGAAGAGGAGAAGGAAAAAACCAAACCAAAACAAACCAAACAAAAAACCUGUGCGUAAGGGGAGGGGGGAAAGCAGGGCCUUCAAAAAGGCAACCACAACAACUUUUGCUGCCAGGAUGCCCUUGCUUUGGCUGCGAGGAUUUUUGUUGGCGAGUUGCUGGAUUAUAGUGAGGAGUUCCCCCACCCCGGGAUCCGAGGGGCACAGUGGGGAACUCGCCUGCCCGUCCUGUGCGCUGACCACCCUCCCCAAGGAUGUACCCAACGCUCAGCCGGAGAUGGUGGAGGCCGUCAAAAAGCACAUUUUAAACAUGCUGCACUUGAAGAAGAGACCCGAGGUCACGCAGCCGGUGCCCAAGGCGGCGCUUCUGAACGCUAUCAGAAAGCUCCAUGUGGGCAAAGUGGGGGAAAACGGGUACGUGGAGAUAGAGGAUGACAUCGGAAGGAGGGCAGAAAUGAAUGAACUGAUGGAGCAGACCUCGGAGAUCAUCACGUUCGCCGAAUCAGGCACAGCCAGGAAGACGCUGCACUUUGAGAUUUCCAAAGAAGGCAGUGACCUGUCAGUGGUGGAGCGUGCAGAAGUCUGGCUCUUCCUAAAAGUCCCCAAGACCAACAGGAACAGGACCAAAGUCACAAUCCAUCUCUUUCAACAGCAGAAGCAGCUGCAGGGCAGCGUGGACACGGGGGACGAGGCCGAGGCAGUGGGCUUCAUGGAGGGGAGGAGUGAACUGUUGAUAUCAGAAAAGGCAGUGGACGCUCGGAAGAGCACCUGGCACAUCUUCCCGGUCUCCAGCAGCAUCCAGCGCUUGCUGGACCAGGGCAAGAGCUCGCUGGACGUUCGGAUUGCCUGUGAUCAGUGCCAUGAGACUGGCGCCAGCCUCGUGCUGCUGGGCAAGAAAAAGAAGAAAGAAGAGGAGGGGGAAGGGAAGAAGAAGGCUGGAGGAGAAGGAGGGGCGGGAGGAGACGAGGAGAAGGAGCAGUCCCACAGACCUUUUCUCAUGCUGCAGGCCAGGCAAUCCGAAGACCACCCUCAUCGGCGGCGGCGGCGGGGCCUGGAGUGUGACGGCAAGGUCAACAUCUGCUGUAAGAAACAGUUCUUUGUUAGUUUCAAGGACAUUGGCUGGAAUGACUGGAUCAUCGCUCCCUCUGGCUAUCAUGCCAACUACUGUGAGGGUGAGUGCCCGAGCCACAUAGCAGGCACGUCGGGGUCGUCGCUGUCCUUUCACUCGACGGUCAUCAACCACUACCGCAUGCGGGGCUACAGCCCCUUCGCCAACCUCAAGUCGUGCUGUGUGCCCACCAAGCUGAGACCCAUGUCCAUGCUGUACUAUGAUGAUGGGCAAAACAUCAUCAAGAAAGACAUUCAGAACAUGAUAGUGGAGGAGUGUGGGUGCUCCUAGAGCGCCCAGCUCAGGGGGGACAGGAACAAGAGUUGUCCAGAGAGGACAGAGGCAAAAUGAAGAAAUGUUUAAGGUUUCUGAGUUAAACAACCAGAAAAAUAUAAAUUAAAAA